AUGCAGGGGCUUAAGACUGUGGGUUUGCUGUGCGCGGUUUUCGUCUGCUUGACACGCGCUGCGGUGAUUGACGAGCCGUCGGCUCCCGCCCAAUACGACUUCAGCUACGCGGUCAACGAUCCGACCACCGGUGACCAAAAGGACCAACAGGAAUCGAGGAACGGUGACGACGUGACCGGUUACUACCGUACCUUGGACUCGGACGGUUACCUGCGCACCGUCAAGUACAAGGCCGACGCCGUCAACGGAUUCACUGCCGAAGUCGUCAGGGAGCCGGUCAGCGGCGCCGUCGCCGCCGUGCCGGUCGUCGCAAAGGCCGCCGCCGUGAUCAAACCGUUGGUCGCGCCCGUCGUCCCGGCUGUCGCCCCCGUCGUCCCGUACGUCGCACCCGUCCCGUACGUCGCCUCGCCCGCGCCCUACUACUUCGGUUCGUCCGGUUACCCGUACAACUACCAGCCGUACUCGUACGGCGGUUACCAACCGUACCCGUAUAACGCUGGUUACUCGCCAUACUCGUACGGCCAGUACGCUUACAACGGCCCAUACGGCUCACCGGUCGUCCGCAAGUAA